CGUGCAAACAAUUUUUCCGCAGACAUGCCUUCAAAAACAUAGCAUACAAAUGUAUUUUCACCAACAAUUGUGACAUAACUAUUAAAACGAGAUCCUUUUGUAUCGACUGUCGGCUCCGAAAAUGUUACGCAAUGGGAAUGAAAAAAGAAUUGAUAAAAAUAUUGUACAAUAAUAAUAACAGCAAAAAAUUUGAUAAAAUCAACGUUAAUUGUGCGGAAAAUACAACACAAAACAAUGCCAUAGACUCGACCACUAAAUUAGGUUUUAACAGUAAUAACAACACAACAGACCUACAGGAGCUCAACACCAAUAUAACAGAUAUAUCAAACACUAGUUCUAACCCAAUAUACACUGACUCGAGCCCUACUCCAAGUCUUAGCCCACUGUCCAGCCAUGACCUAACAGGACAGUCGUGUCGUACAGAUAUCAUACUAAUCCAUAGACCCAUAACUGACUACAGGAACCAAUUGAAUGAAUUAGAGGGCCGUCGGUUGCGUGAGCUGUUGGCGGCGACCCGUGGCUUAUCAGCCGAGAAAACACUGACGUAUAACACGGAAGAAGAGGGUAAAAUCGUGGCGGGAUAUAGGGACGUGAUUGGUGCCCGGUUUGAGUACCGGUUCCGCACGUUUAUCGAUAUGUCCAAAAAGUUGUCCCCUUUUAUUGAGUUGUGCGAACAAGAUAGAAUGAACUUGAUUAAGUAUGGAUGUUUGGACCUGUUUGGUUUACGAUCAAUUGCUAAUUAUGAUCAUUGCACUGGCACAUGGACGUAUAUCAUGAUCCAGCUGAUCAAUAAACCGUCAUCAAAAUCUGCCAAUGACCAGAGGUUGCCGAGUUAUGUCCAGUUUUGUGAUCACACACAUAGUCUGGAUCUACUGGAUCAGAUCAUAUCAAGAUAA